UGGGGUCCCAAGGUUUGAGAGUGGACCGGCUUUCUCUCCCCUUCGUGGGACGAAAGGGCGAGGGAGAAAGAGACGAUCAAAAACUGGGAAGCGGGAAUCGCAGAAUUUGGCACACGAAAAUGCAGCGCCAAACUUCCCCACUUGCCAACCACAGAUCAGUGUCCGUACAUCCAUCGGGGGCGCUGCACCCGCCCCUCUACUACAAAUGAAAUCCCCCACUCGCUUUCCAAGCCGCGCGCCGCUCACUCAUUCACUCACUCGCCACUCCCCAAUUGCUCGCGCCGUUUCUUCUUCCCGCUCCUUAAAUCCCUAAAAUCCUUUCCCUUCUACACUCCGACUUUCUCCCGUUCAACUCUUCCACUCUACAUUUAUGAUUUCUUGAGCUCAAUCAUGGUUGUCAAGUCCCGGGUACUACGUUCUGCUGCCAAUGGAGAGCUGCAUUCUCCAGUAACUCCCGAGGAGAAGCCGAAACGCUCUAAAGUAGCCGCGCCUGGGGGAAAGAGUGCUAAAGCUGCCGCACCGGAGGGAGAUGCGGAACAGCCAUCUCCUUCUCCUAUGAGGAGGACUAGUGCUCGAAUCAUAAAGCUGAAGGCUGAGAAGGAGCUUCUAGUGCGUCAAAGAGUAGAGCUCCUUGAUGAACCCGGCAGUCGCAGCAAAAGGAAGAAGACGAACAGUCAGGUAAAAAGUAAGCGUAAUACUCCAAAUGUGAAGGAUGAGGUGAGGGAAGAUAAGGGCGAAGUGGUGGAAGAUAAGGCCGUUGUUGUUCCGGUAUCCAAAGACGUCACUAAAUUUGAAGACGGUGAUGCGAGCAAACCUAUGGAAGUGUGCGCGCCAGAAAAGAGGACUGGGGACGAUGCUGGUCCGGGUAAUAUGGUUGAGAAGAGUGACCAUGUCAAGGUGAAGGAGACUCUCAGGUUGUUCAAUAAGUACUAUCUUCAUUUUGUACAGGAAGAGGAAAAGAGGUGCAAAAAAGCUGAAGUAGCUCAAAAAGCUCCCAAACAGUCAAAAUCUAAGAAGAAGGCCCCUGUAGAAGACACAAAAAACAAGUCGAAGCGACCAGAUUUGAAGGCAAUUUCUAAGGCAAGUUGUAAUUGCACACAUGAGCCUCAAGCCUCUAGCAUGUGAUUUUGUUUGACUGAUUUGUUGCUUUGCACGUUAACUUACUGUAUCCCGCUCUAGGAAGUAGAGAAGUAUGAUUCUUUCUUUUGGAACUAACAGAAAAAAACCCCAGUCUGCUCCCUAUAAUUUCUACAAUUUCUCAAUGGUAUAAUAAUGUCUGCUUUGG